AUGGGUCUAGCUUAUGCGACCAGCCGCGAGGACGCGGUUGGUGCCAGACGCGGGCGCGAGCUCGCCUGCGAGGGCAAACGAUGUCUGGCCUGGACUGGACCGACUUUCAGUUUCGAAGAAAUACACACACACACACACACACCACACACACACACAUACAACACACCAUACACCCCCGGAACGACGUCUCUCGGCAGGCUCCUCCCACGUCCUGGAAACUCGGCGGGAAAAUCCGCACAUCAUCGCACAGAGAUCCACCGCUGGCAGCCACGAGGUGCGCGCAUCUUUUCCCACCCCCUCCAAUCUCAUCUGUCGCAAAUCUCAUCCGAGGGGAGGGGGGGGGACGUCGACGGAUCGUGUCUCGUCCGAGCCGAUUUCGAGCUAGCCUCGCGCACCCACCCCCAUCAGCCCCCCGCGCGCCCACGUGAAGCUGUGAAUUUUAACCAAUUCGCGGAGAUGAAGCCCGUGAGGGUGACGUGAAGAGAGAGAAAAAAAAAAGAAUGAAGAAAAACAACCACCUGCAGAGACCACGGCCGCGCUGCAUCCUCGCGCGCGGUGGCCGUCGACCUGAACCGCACUUGCUGCAUUUUGCGCUCCCACUCUGAAACCCGUGGCUGACCCACCUUUGGUUUCCCGGCGGGCUCCGCUCCAGGGGAGGGAAAGACCAGAAUCCGCUACCCGGGUGGGGCAGCAAGCGACCCGGGUGAGCGACAGACGGCACAGACAUUUCUGGUGAAUGGCGCGGGGUUUCGAAGAUCACAGUCCCAGCGAUUCUUGUCUCGGGUGGGAACCUCGAAUGGGAGGGGGUUUGUUUUGGGGGGGAGGAGAAGGAAAAAGAGGCAGUUAAACAAGAAAAGAAUACAAA